GCCAUUUGUUCUUUUCUGGUGUGGGAAAAGAAAGCUCCACGGUGGGCUGGAGCCAGACGCCGUUACCUUGGCAACGGACCCGAAGCCCGGGCGCAGGCGCAUCUCAUAGCAUCGAAGCGGUCAUCCACGGGCACCCCUCCCUCACCUUGGGGAGGAAGGCGUAACUUAUACGUGGGGGCGGGGAGCCCCACUCCCGUCCCGCCUCCCUUAUGAAUAAUGUAUCGUUGAGGUGUACCUCCUCCUCGCUCUUCUGGAUCUGCGGAGGCAGGAGGGGGGCGGAGAGGUGCUACCCACUUCAUGAAUUAUGCGGCCCAGCGGGGCGGGCGGUGUCCCGGACCCGGAAGUGGAGUUGCCGAGUCACCGCAGUGGCUGAGCUGGCUGACAGGAGGCGAGCUGGGGCGGGGAGCGGGCGCGGCGAGGCUGCUAGCGGGAUCGGGCGCGGGGGAUGAAGCUGCGGCCGAGGACGACGACUCCUCUCGCUGCCCUGUGAGGAGGCCGCAGUGCCCACCCUUUCUGCUCACUCUCGUAGCUGGCUGGCCUUGCUUUCCUCCUCCCUCCCUCCCUCUUUCCCUAGCUCCCGCCCGGCCGCGCCUUUCACUCGCCAGACCGCCUGCACCCCGGGAGCUGCGUCGCCGCCGCCGCCGCCCACGCUCCGCGUCCCCUCCCUCCCCAUCCCCCCGGCACCAUGAUGGAGGAGAUCGACCGGUUCCAGGUGCCCACGGCGCACUCCGAGAUGCAGCCGCUGGAUCCAGCAGCUGCAUCCAUCUCAGAUGGAGACUGUGACACCCGAGAAGGAGAAACUGUAGCCAUGAAUUACAAACCUUCCCCACUCCAAGUGAAAUUGGAGAAACAGCGAGAGCUUGCUCGAAAGGGUUCCUUGAAAAAUGGCAACAUGGGCAGUCCAGUCAACCAGCAGCCCAAGAAGAACAAUGUGAUGGCCAGAACAAGGCUGGUUGUCCCCAAUAAAGGAUAUUCUUCACUUGAUCAGAGUCCAGAUGAAAAGCCAUUGGUGGCCCUUGACACAGACAGUGAUGAUGACUUUGAUAUGUCCAGAUAUUCCUCCUCGGGCUACUCUUCAGCAGAGCAGAUCAACCAAGACUUGAACAUCCAGCUGCUGAAGGAUGGUUACCGGUUAGAUGAGAUCCCAGAUGAUGAGGACCUCGACCUCAUCCCCCCUAAAUCUGUGAACCCCACCUGCAUGUGCUGCCAGGCCACUUCCUCUACUGCCUGCCACAUCCAGUAACAGCCAGCAUGGGCCAGGAGCAGGGGCAGAGGGGGAAGGAGGCACAUCUGGCACCCCUUCCCACCCUAGUUCCCAUUUCAGGCUCUGGUCCUGGCCCUAGCGACUGGCCAACUUCUUAACAGCCAUUGCUUCCUCCUAUGGUAGGACGUGUACCUCUGUGUUCAUGAAGCCGGGAGAAACCAAAAUGAGAUUUCACUGGGGGGUGGGUGGGGGGAGGGUGGUAGGGGCUCUUUGUUCAUUGAUUUGUUUAAGGGGACUCAGCCAGCUUCCCCUUCUCCCCCAAACCACCACCACCUCCAAUUGGCUUCCUGGCCGCAACUGUCUUCAGCAGACAGCCCAGCCAAAAAGUCUUGGGGAGAGCGGGAGGGGAAGAUGGGAGAAGGAGAAACACCAGGGGGAGUGAGGGCUGAAAAGGGGCCAACAGGAAAGGGCUCAACAGGCCAAGGGUAAGUCAGUCUGUGUUUCAGAAGAGAAUUCUCCCAGAUGAUUGUCCUUAGGCCAAGCCAUGACCCAGACCGAUUUCCCAGGGUACUCAGGCUCAAACUCUUCCCCCUAGAGGUCCUUGGAGAUUGCCCCAUGAUGAUCUGCUACAGAAAUAUAACACUUGGCAGCUGAAGGACACCCCAAAGACUCCUCCUGGAAUGGUUCAAGAAGGCCAGCUCUGGGGCUAUUCAGCCUAACCUAACCUGACUUGCUCUGGCUCAGCCUCACGAAGUGAACUAUGGGAACCUGUUCUCUCUCCUGGCCCUGGCUUGUCCUACUCCUGCCUCCUGACCUACACACUGAUUUUUAGAUUUUUUAACAUUUAGUCUCCAUCUCCAUUUUCCUUACUGCCCCCCCACCCCCAUUCUGUCCAUCUUGGGCACAGUUUCUUGGCUUCAUUUCCCAUCAUUUUCCGAGUGAUGUGAGGUAGAGGGGAGCCCUCCCAACAUCUCUUGCCAUCAUCGGUCUCUCUGCCUCUCCCUCUCUCCAUCACCUUCUGUCCUGGUCCCCCCUUCCCCCUUGUUUAGGGAAGAAGGAGCAGCAGUGUACAUGAGAUCCAGCCCAAGGCAGAAAUGAGGAUGAGCUCCUGUCCACUAGUUCUGUUGAUGCCCUUGUGUGUUUUUAGGGGUGGUGGCGAAUUGAGGGGAACUACCUCUGGCAUGGCCUCCCCCUGCUCCUCCUCAUCUCUCUGCCUGCCUUUGUGGAGAACUGGAAGCAGAAGAACAGGAGAGAGCAUUGCCUACAUAGAGCUGAGCCCCAGCAGGCCUUCUGCCCUCCUCACCCUAAGCAGACCAGGAUGCCCUUUGGGACUGCCUCCAAUCCUGCUCUUCCCUCCCCACACAGCCGCCUUCCUUCCCACUGUCACUCAUGACUGUGUUGGGCUUACUGCUUGGGAAGUCACCCCCUUGUCCACGCCCUGCCCUUCAUGAAGCCCAGAGGAGGCUGCAAGGAUAGGCAUCUUCAGGGAAGUGUGUAUCCAUACGAUGACAGAUGUACGCAUGUAUUGUGUAUGGCUGUCAGUACAUGUCUUGGGCAAAGCAGUAGUAUGUCUCUGUGUGUAUCUGGUUCUGCGUGUGAGUUUGUGGAAGGUAUGUACAUGCACAUCUAUGCUACUGCUGGCUAGCAUCCCUGGGUUAGAAGGAUUAGAAGGAUCCACGUGGGAGCAGGGCCCUAAUAGCACCAUAAAAAGCAAAAAAAAAAAAAAACCAUCUUCUUCCUGAGGAUUGUACAUCCUGAGUUUGCUUCCUCUUAGUAGGGAAGGGGAGAACAUGAUCCCAGCUGCCAAGGGAUGCUUUUAGUUCAGAGAAAGGUCAGUGACCUCAAAGGGCAAAGUACAAGGGGAAUCAUUGACUUACCUGGACUUGCCUGGCUCUUUGGAGCUGUGCAUUUUGAUAAAAACUAACUCAGUUUGGAAGAGGGAAGUCCAGAGGAUCCCUGCCUUUAGGGCUAGCAAGUGGAAGAGGCCUAGAAGGUGGAAGGAGCAGGAUCAAAGUGGACCAGGCCAGGCCAGGCUUCAGCCUCCUUUUCUGUCCUGACCUGGGACAGGCCAAUUCUGAAAAAGUUGAUUUGCAAAGAAAUGAAAGUCUUCAGGACCCUCCCCAGUAAGGCCAUUCCCUCCUGCCUACCCUCUAGCCUAUCUUUGUGUGCUCCCCACCUCUUGUGUGGAAUUGGUCAUUGGGGUACAAUUAGGUUGUAGCCUAGGCCAAGAUUCCUCAAGCCUCAUUACCCAAGAGAAGAGAAUCUCCCCUUCUUGAGGGGUAAAGGGGGAAGGUGGACCCCCCUCCAGUCUUCCUUACGGCACCAUAUACAGGUAUAUUCACUCAUUUGUGAACAGUCACCCCCCUUUACAGUUUUGCAUUUGUAUAUUAUAUAUGUAUUUGCAUACAUAUAUAUAUAUAUGAAUAAUUCCAACCACACUCAAUGUCCAAGCACCAUUUGAUGUCCUCAGAGAGGCUGGGUAUGGCUCAGGGUGGAGAGGUUACUCCCCUACCCAAUAUUGUUUGCUGGCUCCUCAGGAGCAUCCCUUCCACCCCCACCCCCAGGGCAAGUGGGCAGCCACAUAUAAGAUGUAGCUCCUGUCCCUCCCCAGUGACCACCCCCAUCUAGUGCAAGGCAAUGACAGCAUUCUUAAGGGUUGUCCGGAGGAGUGGUGCCCAUGGGAACUGAGGAACCCAACCAUAAGCAGGCCUGCCAAGCAAGCACUGGGGCAGGAAUAGAAUGGCCGUGAGGGCUCCCAUCCAGGGCUUUUAGUUUAUUUCUGUCCUGCAUUCAUGUGCAAAAUGUCUUCUGACCCCUCGAAGUUAUAGUCUUCCCUUUCCAACCCUUAGGCCUGUGCUGCUCUGUUUCACUUACCAAGCUUUCCCCUCUUCCCCUCGUCCCUUUACCUGCAGUCAAGCCCCAUGAGCCUACCAGUCUUCUUGCCUCUUCCAUCUCAGGUGGACCGUAUAGCUUCACUUCUGACUAGAGACUGGCCCAUCACCAGUCGGUGUGGCUUAGGCCCUUAGCCUGGAAAUCAGCAUGUCCCUGUUCUCAUGUGGGUCUGCCUUGAACGUUGGGCUUGUACUUGCCCUCCUUGGGCCACCGUAGGAAAAAGCAGGAACCAAGGAAAUGAGAGAAAUUCUUGGUGGAGGUUGUGGUGGUACCUUUUCUCACUGCUGGGAGCCAAGGGGUUCUCCCCUCUGUCUGGCCCCUGGGCUGGAAGAGAGAGGGAGGAGGGAGGGCGGGAGGGAGGCAAGAGCCUUCCAGACCACUUCAUGGGGUUUGGGAGAAUCAGGCUUUCUGAGUAACACCCCUUCCCCCAUGAUAUGAUAUGAUCUCCUGUAACCACAGCCCCCUUCCUCCCGGCUCCCCUCCUCCUCCUCCUCCCACCUCCUUCUGCCCUCUCAUUCCAUCCAUGUAGGUACUUGCCUUAACCUUGCUGGUCCCCAGCCCUGCCCCUUGCCCUCGACCCAGUCCUCCUGACUGUGGGUUCUCUUCCUUUGAAGCGUCAGUUUCUCUGCAUUAAUUUAUUUAAAAGAAGGUGUGUUUUUUGGAGACAUGAGACAUGUAUAAUAUUUUUUUAACAUUUCCAUCGCAGUAUUUAUCAUCGUUCCUGGUUGUGUGUCGUGUAACACAAUUAAUGAUAUUAAAAAGCAUACUAUGAACAA